AUGGCAGAUGAAAUUGUGCAUUCAAAUAACGAUCUUUUUGAGAACGCAAAGCGCACACAGUGGACUGGAGCAUUCCUGUUGAAUGACAAUCUGAUACGAUUCUUAAUGCUCCAACUUGGUAAUAUGCUCACGUUGAUGACUGUUUUUAUAGCAUUAUAUCGGAUUUCAAUCCGAGAUGUCGUGAACAUCUCAAUUCUGAGCAUGUUCAUACCGAUAGUCACACUGAACGCUUGGUUAUCCAUUUACGACCUGAUCAACUACGUGCAACUCUAUGCUGCCGCAUUUCCAUCCGUGUUGUAG